UAUAUGUAAUAUGAGAUUUAAGAUAAUCAAUAUUAUCAAUUAAGAUAUAAUUGAUUAAGAAAGAAAGAAAGAAAGCAAUCUUUUCUAAAAAUAGGUAACUUAGAAUUAAAAGAAACAAUGAAACCUACUUCAAGUGCAAAAAAGAACAAAGUAACUUGUGACAACAUUGUGAUCUAAAGAUUAUAAAUCGACUACUCGAUUCUAGUAUAAGAAACGAAAUAACCAAUAAUAGAUAAGUUCUACUGAAUGUUGAUUGAAUAAUAUUGUCCAAUCAAAACUAAUAUAUAUUUUAUAUGUUACGAUUUGUAUUAUACGUAUUUUUAUAUAUAUUUUUAGGUAUGAACUAUCUAAUUUAAAAUAAAAAUUUUGAAAAAUUCAAUAAGAUUCUAUUUUACAAGUUGUAUUUAUUAAAAAAAUAUCACAAAAUAAUGUCUAAAUAUUGUGAUAUAUUGCCUCAAAUACAAAAAGCUGACUUGAAUUUAAAAAUGAUAUUAGAUGAAAUAUCAAAGAUGAGAGUUAAGUGUGCCCAAAUGCAGUUAGAAAUUUUAUGUCUGUAUAAACCGCAAUGUUUACAAAUACUUGAAAUGUUGAAAACAUUAGAACAUAAUCAAAAUCCUUUUAUUGAAUUACCAUUUAUACAAGAAACGCAUUUAUUAUCCGAAAAUACAUCAUAAGUUAUUUAAACUUAUUAUGUUAAUUUAAACAUAUUAAAUAGUAAUAGAUAUUCUUCAUUA